AUGUCUGAGACAAACACCACGGGCGUCAACCCCGCCAACCUUGCCAACCAAUUCUCCUCCCCAAGCGAGUUACAACGCAUCAUGUCACUCUACACGCGAUCCGGGCUCUCGCUCUAUGGCAACAGCAGCAAAAAGGCCCGCGCUAAACCCCCCGUCAUGCGCGAAGCCCUGACACCAGCCGAGGGCCUCUCCAUCCCCAGUAACCCCGACUCCGAAACAGCCAUCAUCCGCCGCCUUGCUUCGGACGACUGCGGCUGGGAAGGCACCGUCUCUAUCGAACAGCGCACCUCGCUAUCUCAGUCCCCGAACGCGCGCUUCGUCGAGGACCUCCUCCCACUCCCAACAUUACUCCGCACGAAGCGCUCCAAGCGCUGUAAAUCGUGCAAGCACAUACUCGUCAAGCCAGAGUUCAAACCGCAAUCUGUCCGAUACCGCAUCAAACUCAUUGCAAUCAGCUACAUCCCCCUCCCUACACUCCGGCCGCUUGUUCUCCCCCCUUCAUCCUCCCAGCCAGUACCACCGCCAGCUCCAGACCUCAAUGCUCUUCCGCCGCAGAAACCGAUUCAGCUGCUUCUGACACUAAAGAACCACAUGUUCGAUCCCGUCCGCAUUACGCUCGCAACACCAUCUGUGACACCCGGCCGUGUCGCGUCAAAGGUUACAAUCCUCUGUCCGCAGUUCGAUAUCGGCGCGAACAAGGACGCCUGGAGCGAGGCGCUCGAACCCGUUGCGCCGCCUUAUGAGAGGGUCGCAGAGGCAGGCAAGGUGUGGGAGAAGGGCCGGAACUGGACGACUGUCGUGCUGGAGGUCGUACCUGGCUCCUUACCUGGUCUGGGAGGGAAGCGGCCAACGGCCGGCAAUGACAGUAGCAGCGACGACGAAGCCGGAAAUGACAGCGACGACAGCGGCAAUGACCUUAUGAAAGUAUCGGGACAGUUGGACUGGAGCGGGCAGGCCUCCGACCCGUCGCAGCAGAUCCAGCCCGACGAAGACGUGCUCGAGAUUCCGGUCUUCGUGCGCAUGGAAUGGGACUCGGAUAGUCCGAUGGAGUCGGAGGAGGGAGGGAAGGGCUCGCUGGGUGCCGGCGCUGGUCUUGGUGCCGAUGGAGGGACGAAGAGGGAGUUGGCGUAUUGGAUGGUGUUGGGGGUUGGGAGGAUUGUGUCUGGCGGGUCUGCGUCCAGCCCUGAUUCCGCAUAG